UGCGGGAACAUGGCCGAGUCGCCGGAGGAGGUGGCGGUGCUGGUGCAGCGGGUCGUGAAGGACAUCCGCAACGCCUUCCAGCGGAACCCACACAUAGAUGAAAUUGGAUUAAUACCCUGCCCUGAAGCCAGAUAUAACCGGAGCCCUAUUGUCCUGGUAGAAAACAAGCUUGGUGUGGAGAGCUGGUGUGUGAAGUUUCUUUUGCCAUAUGUCCACAGUAAACUUCUCCUCUACAGACAGAGAAAACAGUGGCUGAGCAAGGAUGAGCUGAUAGAUAUCACGUGUACCCUGCUGCUGCUGAACCCAGACUUCACCACUGCUUGGAAUGUGAGGAAAGAAUUAAUACUGUCUGGCACUUUAAAUCCACUUAAAGAUUUGCAUCUUGGAAAACUGGCGUUAACCAAGUUUCCAAAGAGUCCAGAAACAUGGAUUCAUAGACGAUGGGUGCUGCAACAACUAAUUCAGGAAAACUCCUUGCCCAGUCUUGCAACUAAAGGAAACUUGGGAGCAGCACCUGUGGAGAGGAUUCACCGACUAGUGCAGGAGGAAAUGAAUGUCUGCUCUGAAGCUGCUGGGAGAUAUCCAAGCAACUACAAUGCCUGGUCCCAUCGCAUCUGGGUUUUACAGCAUUUGGCAAAGCUCACUGUCAAGGUUCUCCUUGAUGAACUUUCAUCCACUAAAUACUGGGUAUCCAUGCACGUCUCAGACCAUAGUGGAUUUCAUUACCGCCAGUUUUUACUCAGUUCCUUGAUACGCAGAAUGGUGACUGACAAAAACAUUCUGGUACAAAAUCAAGUGGUAAAUGAACAAAACCCUAGCAUUCAGAAGGAGGAAGAGAGUGAAGGGACAGAAGCUGCCUGUGCAGAGGAGCAAAGUGUGGAUCUCCCCCGCCGUUUAGAUGAAGAGAUAGAACUGUGCAGUGAACUGAUUGAUAAUUACCCAGGGCAUGAAACAUUGUGGUGUCAUAGAAGGUGUGUGUUCUACCUUCAGCAGCACUUAAGCAACAAACUUCCUCUCGUGAGUGGAGCGGUAUCAUCUGUGGACAGCAGUGAUGAAAGUCUGAAUAAUUCCCACCACAGUCCUGCAACAAGUCACAUGGCACAAGCUAUGGAUGUUGAUGGUUUGAAUGAACCCAGCAGCAAACAAGGUUAUACCCAAGAAACAAAACGCCUGAAGCGUGCUCCUGUGCAGGACUCUCUUGGUCCAGAAAUGGAAUUCCAGUUUGUUGAUAAAGUAUUAUCAACUUGUAGGGAUGUGGACCAAGCCAGGUUUGCUACUGCCUAUAGAAAAUGGUUAGUUACUUUUUUAGGUCAGUGAAGGAAAUGUCAAAAGCUUUCAGGGGUCUUCUCUUAGUGCAAUAUUCUCUUUUCAGACACAAAUGCAUGUCUUGGUUGCAAGUGUUAGCUAACUCUGUGUUUCUCUCUCUUUUAAUCGUCAGUCAUAAAGCUAAAUUUCAGAGUAGGCAUCUGUCACUUUAAUAAAGAACUGGCAUAUGUUUUUAGUAAGCAAAUGCAGUUUGUUACUUAAUCUCUCAAAGAAAUCACUCUUACCAUCUUCCUACCAUGACAUAUUUUUUUUUUUAACUUCUGCAUUAAGGUGGACUCUGAAUCAUUUGACUUAAAAAAAAAAGAGGUAAAAGAAAAAAAUAUUGAAAUGCUUGUGAAACAGAGUGUCUGAGAAAAUGGGAGAAUCUGUCAGUAUCAGCUAAACCUGUUCCCAGUUUGUUCCUGUAUGGCUAAUACCUUACGGGAUCCAGACUAUAUUUGAUGAGUGCUAUUAUUUUUGUGUAGCAGUCUUUGGUAGAACACCAGAAUACAAUGUUUCUUUCUGAAGGCUUCAGUAAGUUUUGGAGCUGUGAUGCCUUUUACUGUUUUAACUCGGUUUUUGUUUGCUUUUAAAUUGUCAUGUUAGCUUGAUAGGAAGGUCUGUAAGGUUGAAAUCUUGAUAAGCAGAUACAGGAAAAUGUGGCAGAAAAUAGUUCAAACACAUGUUCACCUACAGCCAUAGCUGUAUUUGGCUGUAUUUGUGAAUCGUUUUCUUAAAACAAGACUACCUUCAUUUCUUGCGUGGUGUUUAUUUAUUUAUUUUAUCUCAACAAUCCAGAUUUAAUCACAUUUGAUACACAUUUCUGAAUGUCUUUUUUACACUACAGAUUCUCACCCUGCCAAAUCACACAUUGAUAACUUGUGCUUAAUCAAGACUCUACAAGUACAAUAUUGGAUGGAGUAAAAAGUAGCUCUUCCAACUGAUGAUUGAGACUAUACAGUUAUAAAAACCAGUGACAGCAAGGAGGGAACUAACCCUUCCCUUCUGUUUUUUUGAAGAUCUUCAGUCUUUGUUGUUUUGGUUUUGUUGGUUUGGUUUUCUAUUUUUUACUCUUGAAGAAGAGCUCUACUCCAACCAUACAUCUCUGUUUACAUGACUGUAAAUUUUAAGGGAAUUUGAAAUCAAUUAUGAAUGGUGUAUUUUGUCAUUUCCUUAGAAUUUGUCUGUAAAAGGGAUUUUUUACACUAGUAGAAUUGUGCUGGUACACAGACCCAGGGAAAACAUUCUACAACUGUAGAAGUCCAUACAAUGGCAACAUUGCCUCUUUUAAAAGCAGACUAUUCUCUGGGGGGAUUAGAUUUUCAAGUUAGUGUCCUUGCCAUAAUUGCUUUAUUUGUCUUCUGCCCCAUAUGCCUCUUGACCAUAAGUUUCAAGAUGCUGUUUUUGUUGGGCAGAGAGAGAAACAAUGAGGGAGGAAAAAGCACAGGUAGCCUGCUCAAAAGAUGUCACUUUGAAUCAAAAAAGCACUCAAAAUAUGAAGUUCCUGCACUUCUAUAUAGUUUGAUGAAUGGAGUUUACUCUUGCAUUUCAAAAUGAAAACAGACCACCUCCAGUCUUUGAGAGUAUGUUCAUGAUUCAUUUCAGGCACAAAAGUAGCUAAAAUUUACAUUUCUAAAUGCACACUAUACUGUUUACAGUACAUAAAUAAGACUGAUCCAGGCUUGAGCAUCUCCAUGUCAAAGCUUUGUUUCAGUGGGCAUGCACACCUGCCUCUCCAUAGGUAUGCAUGUAUUACAUACGUUAGCUUUGAGGUGCUAUGGGAUGCUGUGGUGGUUUGCUUGAUGGUUUUAGUUGCAGAAAACAUAGUUGUUGUCUGAAGGAAGUGUGGUAUUGGCUUGGGAGCCCAGUUUUGUCAUAAAGUGUUGCCUCAGUGAUCACUGACAAAUGGGUAGGUUCAAGUACAAAGAGGAGUCUGAACUUAAGAACUUAACUUGAGCAAGAGCUUUUACACAUCCCAGGAGACCUGAUAUUUAGUGAAGGUGGAUGAUAUGUUAAAUUAUGUGUAGUAGCCAGGGUCAGCUUGAUUAACAGUAUCCCAUUAAUUACUCGUAUGAACCUGGAAAGUGUGAAGUCAAGGGGGCAGUGUAUUAAAGAUAGGUUCUUGGUCUUGAUUACUUCGUAAUGUAUUUGUGUGUUCUGUUUACCUUGGCAACAUUUACAAGUUUAUGAGAAAAGUAGUAGUGAUAGGAGCAAUCUCAGAAGUGGGAGCAUGAUAAGAAACAUUUCCUGAACUGUGGAAAGGUAGAGAUUAUCUCUUCUUGCACUGGAAAGACUGUGGCUUUCAGAAGAAAAUACUAGUAUUAGAAUCUGACUUGAAACUCAUUAUAUAGUUCUUCCAGACUAUAAUCUGGAGUCUUACCAUUCUCCGAGCUGUACUGUGGAAAUUCUGUUCUUUUGAACUUGACAUCAUAAACAUUUAAGCAGGUGCCCUCAUAUACAUGUGUAUAGUUCCUAUUCAUGUCAGCACAAGUGAUGUAUUCUUGUAGGAUGACAAGAUUUGGUCCUGUGUAACUGAAGAGAGUUGUAUUGAAUUUUAGUACUUGAAAAUGUUCUGAGAACUCUGAUUAGAGAUGAUGCUGAUAUUCUUACUGCUUUUGUAAAACACUGAUGGCUGUAGUUAACUCAUGAGUGUGGGUUUUUAAAGUCUGCACUUCAAGGAAAUAUUCCCCUGCACUCUAUUUUUUAAAUCCAGUUAGAAUAAUUCCAUUUAGAAAUGUUUGCAGACCUGAAAACUAAAUAGUGAAAUUGAAACAAGUCAUACCUUUCUGUUUGAAGGAAAUGCAAAAAGCAAGUUGUUAAAUUUGAGCUUUAAUUUUUUAACAGUAACAUAUAAAUUAUAAUAAUAACAUAUAAAUUAUAAUUUAACAGUAAAAUAUAAAUUAUAUUAAGGAAAAUCGUAUCGAAAUUGCUUCGAACUGUCAAUGUCCUGAAGCCUCAUGCAUGAAACUAUUGAAGAGGUACUUCUAACGUACUGCAUUAAGCUCAAAACUCAUGUGAUGUUCUGGAACUAUGAUCUUUACAGCAUACCUGUCAACCACUUGCUGUUACUGCAGAGUCCUGUUUGAAAACUGCUUGAAAAAUAGAAAGUGGCUUUAGGCCAUUGGUAGUUAAUGUAUUGAGCACGGCUACUUUACAUAAGGCAUUUCAGCUGUUUUGUGUUUCAGAGAUCAGAGACUAAUAAUUUAGUCAGUGAGCAUUCCUGCAGAGAAAACGUCCAGCACAAGCUGCAGAAUUCAAAGCUCUCACUGUCUGAAGUUUCUUCAAAUAUAAAAUCAAACUUUGUACAUCUUUGUACAUCUUAAUGUAAAGUUCAGCAUCUUUCCUAAUUUUGUCUUCUGCUGUAGUAUAUGUCAUUUGAAUUGAUUCUUUCUGUUCACUGGAUUAGUCUUUGUGGAAAUUUGUUUGUACUGGAAACAAAGGGUUUCGAGGAACAAAUGUAAUUUGAAACUACAGAAUUUGGAAUAGAAGGAACCACAUUUUAAAGUGGUAAAUUCUCAGCUGCUAAAUACAGUAACUGUUAUUUCACUGGCAUUUUGUUUGUCUUGUGUGUUACAGUCACUGGAGAAACAUGCAGCUUUAAAGACAGCUACAAUAACGAACUUGUAUGAAGUCAUUGGAAUGCAUUGUUACAGCUCUGAUUAAUAUUCUUAAUGUACUCAUGUCUGCAUAUUUGUGUUUUAUUGACUGCUUACAUAUUCUUUAUACGACAAAAUCCAUGUGUCAUUUAAAUAGGGGAUAAAGCAACUUGUCAGUUUAUGCUAUUUGAUUAAUUACCUUGUAUGUAAUAUGCUUUAAGACAAAUAAGCAAAGUGAUAAUAUAGUGAGAAACCUUAGAUUUUUGUCUUAAAAUGAAAAUUUCUGGCAUUUCUAGUUUUAUUCUAGUGCUGCUUAAUUAGAAUGUGUAGCUAGACUUUAUGGAUGGGAAUGAUUUUUUUUCCUAAGUAGAUAGUUAAUGAAUUUUUAAAACAGUACUGUGUAAUAUUGAUGAACAGAAAGAAAGGGUUUUGGAAAGGUUUGUCUGCAUAACCAGACUCAAAAAGCAUACUUUUUUCAAGAACAUAAAAUACACUGAGUAAAAUGUGAGUAACAGAGAAUAAUUUAGGUUGUGAGUCUUUAGAGAUUUGAUGAUUAAAUUUUUGGACAAGUUGUUGUUUGCUUAGUUUUGUUUUGCCUUCUGUAAUGGAAGAGUGCUUUUUGGUUUGUUUUUUUUUUUUUUUAAAUCUAGUAGGAGGUGAACCAUUGCACUUAAAAUAUGGGGAUGGGGAGAAAAACUCAUAACUGCUGAAUUGUAUCUCGUAGAGCAAUUUUGGAAAAAGCAAUGAACUGACACUGAAACGUAGGUGUCACUUCAAAUGCUUCUUUGCACUCAUUGCGUGAUAAAGAGAUAUGUGUAAUUAGAUCUUACUGUUUUAUUAGUGUCAGAUACAAAAAAUAGGGUGUAACUCACCAAUUCUCAAAUGCACUUCACAUUCAAGUUAGUUUCGAAGGAUGUUCAGUGUCCCUGUCUAUGAUUUAUUUCCUUGUGUACUCAGAGGUAUGUUUCUUUUCAGCCUCUUCUUUGUUCUUCCAACCAGCAAAGAAAAAUGUAGCAAAGCAUUGCUGAGGUGGCCUAAUUUUGUGUUUGAGUAACUCUGACUACCUCCCAAAAAGUACUUUGACUGAUGACCAUUAGUGGAGUUCAUCAGGCUCAGUUAUUUCAGAACCUCAUGCUAGGCCUAUAUUCUCUUUCAGAUGUGAAAAACAAGAGCUUUGUCAAUGAAUCUGUCAAGUUUUCCUGGGACAGUUUGAAGGAGAACAGAAAAAAAUACUGUAGUUAAAGUUGGAAAAACUAGAAUUAGCAUAAAUUUUCAUUUGUCUUUUCCUCUGAAGAAGCAACUCUGUUGCUGAAAAAUGGAGGAAAUAUGCUUCCAGGGAAUUCCAUAUAUUAUGCUUUUGAACUGCAGGUCUGACACUUCCUAGUGGCUUUUGCUUAGUGUGUAAUGUUACUUCUCAGGGCAUAGUCUAUUAUAGUGAAUUAGGAUGCAUUUUUACAGUUUAUAAUUAUUGAUUUUAAAGGAAAAAGUGCUAAACAUUUAACUGGCUUUUAAUUACUAUUUUUUUGUCUAGCAUAGUAUUUUAUAAUCUACCCACAUGCCAACCCAGUAAUGCACAGUAGACCUUACCAUCUCAUCUGCUUCAUACUGUUAUUCUGUUGAAUUGCUGUUGCAGUCUUGCAAGAAGCUCCUGACAGUGUUGGAUGUAUUCUCUGAGCUUCCUAGUAGUAUUCAGUAAAGUAGUUAGUAUCUCAAAGUAUGUGGUAAUGAUGGGGAAGCUUUUUACAGCAUCUGUGUUGAUGCACCAUAGGUCUUAGAUUCAGUAUUUGAAAACCUUUUGUUAGGAUUCUAAAUCGAUUUUGAUAGCUGUCAAACUCUUACAUGCAACAGAGUUAUUCUGGAAAACAGAAUUCUUAAGUGAAGUCUGCUUUGUUAAAUAUCUUUAUCUGCACCAUCUGGAACCUGCUGUACAUCCUACUGUAUAGACAGAUGUGGGGAGAACCCACAGUGAGGUGCAUGUUUUCUUCAUGAGACAUUUUCUGAAUGGAAUAUAAUUAUGGUUAAACAAAGAGCUUUUCUUGGAUGAGGUACACCUGUUCAUUGUGAAUAAAGUUAUUAAAUUGGUACAUCAUUAAUAUGGUAAGAUUUGCUGAAUGGCUGCAUGUAAUGAGUACGUAAAAGGAAUGUGUUUUUUUCAUCUGCUGUUAAAAAAAAAUCACAUAAAUGAUAAGAGGUACCAGAAUUUGUUUUCAGAAAGUAAAAUGUACCUACUGUAUUCAUUCCCUUUUGUAUCAAUUUUUCUUUUUUGAAGUAGCUACAUUUAAAACUGAAAUACUUCAGUACUUGGGAACACACUUCAUAUAAUUUUAUUACUUUCAUAUAAUCAAAAUAAUAGAUGUCUUAAAUGUUUUGAAGUAGCAUUAAGAUCCAAGGUAGUGACAGCACUACAGUGUUCAAGUGAGCCAAUAAACUCUAAUUUUGUAACAUCAUUGUGUUCAUCAAAGUACUAUUCUCUGUAGGGAAAUGUUUAUUUUAUCAAGAUUUCUGCAAAAAUAUUUAAUUCUCAUAGCUUUCUAAUUAGGGGGAUAUACAACUAGUUUUGAACAUAAUAUUUUGCAGUAUUUUUUCUAUGAAAAUUUCUCAGAUACUCAGCUGUGACCAUUGUAAAUUUUAUGUAGAUUUUCAAGAUGAAUUAGAUAAAUCAUAAAUUUUGUAGCAGAAAGAGUAAAAUUAUGACAGGACAGUAAGACACUGAAAAGUAAUCUGCUAAAUGACCAGUGUUCUACAGGACAGUGAAUGUAAAGAAUUGUUUGUUUUUCACUGGUAUUACUUUGUCAUAGGAUGAAUUCCUGUCAGAUGGGGAUUAUUGUCUUUUUUUUUUUUCUUUUUGGGUAAUCAGUAGAGAAUUUAUCUGUGAAUAAAUUAUCUAUAUUUAUUCUCCCACAAUAAGUGUGCAUGUAUGUGUGAAUGGAUGGAUGGCGGAACUGUGUUUAUGUCCUGUGAACACUGCAAAAAUCAUCCACAUUUGGCUACCUGCUGACAGACCCCUCCAUGGAUGACCUGUCCUGAGUCUGAGUUUAGCAGGGUCAGUGCCAGGUUGUCUGCUGAAAGCAGUGAGAUCUAUUGCUUCCCCUCUCUGUCUUAAUCUGCCUGAUUGUCGUUGUACUGGGCAAAUGCCUGCACACACCAACCAAAUCAUUAGUGGUGGUGUUAUUCCAAGUGCUUGUAGAGAGUAUUUUGAGACUGUGAAAGAGUUUGUCAGGCCUUGCAAGUUGGGAAAAUUUGGGGGUGCUCAGUAAAUACUCAGGGGAUACUUUUCACCAGUUCUCAAGAAAGGAAACACACAGGCAAGUUUUGCAUGAGUGCUUUAGCAUCAUAGGAGACUUGAGAAAAGUAUAACUAGUGACUUAAAUUGGUGUUUAAAAACGAAUAAGUAGUAUUUUUGGUACUUUGUUUUCAGUAUUUUUCUCAUUUUGUUAAAAUAAAUCACAUAAAAUAUUCUCGGAAUUGCUCUUAAUUUUGAGUGUCUUCUGGUUUUGAAUUAUUUGAUUUGAGAGCUUUCCUUAAAUGAAGCAGUUUUACUGGAAAAUGCUAGCACCUUUCCUGUUUCCUCUUAGACAAUGUGAUUCAUUCUAAGUGUCCUGAAAUGAGCACCUGAAAUCACAGGGCAUUACUGAAAGUAUUGUUUAUCAUCCUAAAUGCAAAGCUUAAAAAAGCUUCUCUUGUAUACUUAGUUUCCUUUUUUUUUUUUCUUUUUUUCUUCUUCUUACUGUGCUGCUAGAUAGAAAGAGUAAGUAUGAGUAAUCUUGGUUUACUUAAUUUGGGUGUUCAUUAUUUCAGAAGGGAGUAAGUAAUAAACACACCAGAGUUCUUGUAUAGAAGUAAUUUACAGGAUCUAGUUAUUUGUUUUUGAUCUGAAUGCUUUAUUUUUACAUCUAUUGAAAUGAGUUUUGAAAUUCCCACCAACUUCAUUGAUUUCAGAACAGGCCAUGCUGUGGAGAGAGUACCAGCCUCUACCUGAUAGCCAUGGCAUGUUUAGUGUGAUGAAUUGUAAGGGACUUGUUUGUCUUUCACAAAUAGUUGUAUUUAUGGCUUCAAUUUAAAAAAAAAAAAAAGUUUGUAGUAUAUACUCAUUAGCACUGUGGAAAAGGAACCCUUGUGGUUAUGGAAUGUUAGUGGUUUAACAGGGCAGCUAGAGAAAUACUAGUAGGGUACUACAGGGUAUCAGUAGCUAAGGAAGCUUCCUUUUCCCCUCUGUUUUUUUCUUCCCCUCUAUUCUCUCCUUUCCUUCUCUCUCCCAGUUUCCUCCACCUCCUGCCCCAGCUCAAAACUCCCCAUGCUCUCCCCUGCCUUCAUGAUUUUUCAUCUUUGCUAGUGGCAAAAAGUUUCAUACAAUAUGCCUGUGUGCAAACCAGGAUAACAGUUUAGUUUUGGAAGUAUUGCAUAUCAAUAGCAAAUAGAUACCAGUGCUGAGGUUUGUGCAAGAUAUUUAGGGAUGACUGGUGAGCUUUUAAGUGCUACGUGAUAACUGAUGCAAUGUUGAACAGGAAUGUCUUAAUGAACAGUGGAUGGCCUGAGUCUUGCUGUUCUCCAGGCGUGCUGUCUGCAUUUAUGGUCAACAAUAAAUUGCACAUUUGUCACCCUUCCAUCUCCGCAAAUGCUUAUCACUAGCUAAUAGCUAAUAUGCUUUGUAAAAUGCAUCUGCAUAAUGUUGAUUUGAGAUGUUCUACAAUUAUUUGUUGUUAUCUAGUACUAGGUAACUUCCACCAUGACUUUAGUCCUCCUUCAGUGGAGCCUGGCCAAGUAUAGAUUUUCAUUGUUAUAAACUGGUUUUGCUGUGAAGGGUAUUUGAAAAUCCACCAUAUAAAACAUGCAUUUUCCUGAUGUCUAGUUAGAAACAUAGAAGGGCAUCUUAGCACUAUUUUCCAGUUGUGCACACUGAGUUUUACCUUGUUUAUCUCAAGUAUUUUGUAUUGCAUGUUAUUUAAAUUUUUGCAUACCCUAGUAGUACAAAAUGACUUACAAAAUAAAAAAGAGCACCCUUACAGUUCUAACUAUUCUAUGCAGAUGGCUUCCAAAAUUUACAGGUACAAUUUUGGUGGUGGUGGUUGGUAAACAGAUUUUUUCACUUAUUUAUCAGCAGACUUGUUUUUAUAUGUGUUAGUGAUGAAAUGGACUAAGCACCGCUGUAAGCUAUUAUAUUUCUGUAGAAAAUGGAAAAUAGUGUAAUAUUGUUUUUGUUAAAUGUUGGCAGUUUAUAAAUAAACUUUUC